AAUUUUCUCUCCCUCGCUCUUUUCGUCUUUUUUCCCCCUUCCCUUCGCAGCUCAACAUGCAGAAAAAAGACACUUCUCCACAUGGUUUCCUGCCUAAUUUCGAACAUUUUGCCACGCAGGCCAUCCAUGUGGGUCAGGAACCAGAGCAAUGGAACUCCAGGGCUGUGGUGCCUCCUAUAUCACUGUCUACCACGUUCAAGCAGGGGGCGCCCGGCCAGCACUCGGGUUUUGAAUAUAGCCGUUCUGGAAAUCCCACAAGGAAUUGCCUGGAGAAAGCAGUGGCAGCACUGGAUGGGGCUCAGUACAGUUUGGCCUUUGCUUCAGGUUUAGCAGCAACUGUGACUAUCACUCAUCUUUUAAAAGCAGGAGACGAAAUUAUUUGUAUGGAUGAUGUAUAUGGAGGUACCAACAGGUACUUCAGGCAGGUGGCAUCAGAAUUUGGAUUGAAGAUUUCUUUUGUUGAUUGUUCCAAACCCAAACUGCUAGAGGCAGCAAUUACACCAGAAACUAAGCUUGUUUGGCUUGAAACCCCCACGAAUCCCACAUUGAAGAUAAUUGACAUCGAAGCCUGUGCACAUAUUGUCCAUAAACAUAGAGAUAUUAUUUUGGUCGUGGAUAACACUUUUAUGUCGGCAUAUUUCCAACGGCCUUUGUCUCUGGGAGCUGAUAUUUGUAUGUAUUCAGCAACAAAAUAUAUGAAUGGGCACAGUGAUGUUGUGAUGGGUUUAGUGUCUCUUAAUUCAGAAAAUCUUCACAAUAGGCUUCGUUUCUUGCAAAACUCUCUUGGAGCAGUACCUUCUCCUCUUGACUGUUACCUCUGCAAUCGAGGUCUAAAGACUCUGCAAAUCCGAAUGGAAAAGCAUUUCGAAAAUGGAAUGGCAGUGGCUCGGUUUCUCGAAACUAAUCCUCGAGUAGAAAAAGUUAUUUUUCCUGGGCUCCCGUCUCAUCCGCAGCAUGAGCUGGCAAAGCGUCAGUGCACAGGUUGCCCAGGGAUGAUCACUUUCUAUAUUAAGGGCACUCUUCAGCAUGCUGAGACUUUUCUCAAGAACUUAAAGCUAUUUACUCUGGCUGAGAGCUUGGGAGGAUAUGAAAGUCUUGCUGAGCUUCCGGCCAUCAUGACCCAUGCAUCUGUGCCAAAGAGUGACAGAGCUACCCUUGGAAUUAGUGAUACAUUGAUUCGACUCUCUGUGGGCUUAGAAGACAAGAAAGACAUACUAGAAGAUUUAGAUCAAGCUUUGAAGGCAGCAGUAAGUUUUAUAUAUUAUAAUGAUGAUGAUGUUGAUGAUGAUUAUUUUCUGUGA